AUGGGGAACUGCUGGGCGCAGUGGUGCUGUGGGCUCUUCUUCCGGAGGGAAGCCGCCCGGCUCCAGCGGGGCGGAGGUGGGUCAGGAUCAAAGUAUUUUAGAACAUGUUCAACAGGAGAACACUACACUAUAGAGUUUGAGAACUUGGUGGAAAGUGAUGAGGGGGAAAGCCCAGGAAGCAGUCACAGACCUCUGACUGAAGAAGAAAUUGCUGACUUGAAAGAAAGGCAUUAUGACUCCAUUGCUGAAAAGCAGAGAGUUGUUGAUCUGAAACUUCAGUCAGAGUUAGCCUUACAAGAGGAGAAGUUAAGAAUAGAAGAGGAGGCUUUAUAUGCUGCACAACGUGAAGCAGCCAGGGCAGCAAAGCAGAAAAAGCUCUUGGAGCAACGUAGACAGCAAAGGAUAGCCCAGAGAGCACAUGCUGUUAACAAUGGAGAAUAUCAGAGCUCUGUGGCAGAGGAAGAUCUUGAUUCUUUCUUAAGAAAUGCAAAAUUCCAGUAUGAAGCUUUUCGAAGUAGUAGACUUUCAUCUGAUGCUACAGUGCUGACACCCAACACAGAGAGCAGUUGUGACUUAAUGACCAAAACAAAAUCGACCAGUGGAAAUGAUGACAGCACUUCAUUAGAUCUGGAGUGGGAAGAUGAAGAAGGCAUGAACAGGAUGAUUCCCAUGAGGGAACGCUCCAAAACAGAGGAGGAUAUACUCCGGGCAGCCCUGAAAUUUAAUAGCAAGAAGACUGGGAGCAAUGCAGCGUCAGCCUCGGAUGACUCCAACGGGCUGGAGUGGGAGAACGACUUUGUCAGCGCAGAGAUGGAUGACAACGGCAACUCCGAGUACGCCGGCUUCGUCAAUCCUGUGCUGGACCUGUCUGCAUCUGAGGGCAGGAGAGCUGACUCUGGCCUCCAGGACAGAUAGUGGAGCCCUUCCUUGUCUGUGACCAAAUGGUGAAAAGUGAAGUAGAAUGUACAAAGCUGAUUCGCUCUUUUAUAACCUGGUUCCCUUUUUUUCUUAGGAAUUGAUCAACAGGGAAGGGGAAUGACUUGCUCUCUGAAUUCGUUCAGAAUUAAGUGCAAUUUUAUCAUCUACCUUCUAAACUUUUAUGAAAACUGGAAUGGUUUUAUUGUGUAUAUUUCUGGAUUUAAUGUAAAAUGAUCUGCACUA